AUAACGAAGUUGUUGGAUAUUGGAUUAUUCCGUGUUGGACUGCGUUGCCUGAACGUUGUUGGUUAGCGCAACAGCAUCAAUUCCUCAAGCAUAUUGAGUUAAGAUUUACUUGGUUUACGUUUAGUGUUUUGUGGUAUUCCCUCCGUUUGAGAUCGUGGCUCUUUUCCGUAACGUUAAAUUCGUAGAGUGUGGUUGGUUAUAGUGUAACGCGAAGACUACGAAGACGACGACGCGACGAGCUACGACGUUCGUUCGCUCUAUGCAUCUUCUAUACCUUCUAUGUUAGUUAACCUUCGGGACAAAUAGAUAUUAAAAUCUGUAUGCUAGUAGCGCACUAGAUGAUGUUUUGGUAGCUAUCCAUCGUGUAUCUAUAUGUGAUUGCAUCUGAAUUAGUUUUUUAUAUUAACUGAGUUCGUAGAAAGAUUUGAUCUUUGCACAUGGCUCCGAUAGCUAAAUUGAAUUUUUUUAUUUGAAAAAAAAAAAAAAAAUCAUAGCAAAAAGGAUUAAAGUGUGUGUAAAGUGGAUAAAAUACAAAAUUGUUAUCUGACACUUAAAACUACCUAAUAUCUAAUUUUUGCGGGUUUAAUUUAUAUCAUCAACAAUUAAAACAUCAUGAAGCUGUUUGUGUUAUUUGUUUUCAUUGGAGUGUGCAGUAGCAUAUCGGCCCUAUCACUGGACCCAGCGGCAUCUAGUGAGUUGGAACAAUAUAUUAAAGGAGACUGUGUUAUAUCGAUGAGGCAUAUUAGACCCCGCCGAAAGCUGCACAUAUCCAUUGAGGCACUUUUUAUGAUUGAUUUUCCAAGCCUCAAACAUAGAAUGUCAUUCUUUUUGGACCGAAAACAACAACGUGUUACGCUCGAUAUAAGCUUCAAUUCAGUUACAACUUCUAAACAUUUCGAAAUUCCGAAUAUUAAUGAGACCAGUACCAUACGCUCACUGGCCCUAUAUUUCCAUAAAGAUAAAAUAUCACUCAUAGUUGAUUGCAAGGAGGUUGCAAAACACGAAAUUGAUUUGAGCCUUUCGAAGCUAUACACUCAAAUGGAAGAUCCAAUUAUAAAGCUUUUCCGUGAACGAAAAUAUCCUCUACAUUUCGACGGUACUGUUGAAGAUGCCCUCUCACGCGCUAAUUGCCAGAAAGGAUUACACCGCCGUGGGAACAGAAAAAUGCUGAAAAACCGAACGAGUGAAAAGGAGAAAAAUAAGAAACGCGAUGUCCGAGAUUGGUUCAGCCAAGAGCCAUCAGGAAAUAACAACGAACCCUAUCGACAAACACAGGGCUUAUCGACAAUUGAAAAUAUUAAUGAUGUGCAAAGGCGUGGAGAUAUUCCUGUAAUUCCCGGCGAUUGUGAAGACGCCCUCACAAAAUCACUAGCGGAUUUAAUGGCCUUAGUGAAGUUGCUCCGCGAGGAUAUAUCACACCAACGCAAGGAAAUCGCUUAUUUAAGAACACUGAUAGAGAAUUGUGCGGGAUGUAAGCCAGGAGAAUUAAAAGCAGCAUCAUGUCGCACCGCAAAUCCUUGCUAUCCUGGUGCCGAAUGCUAUGAGACGCCGUCCGGUUUGAGGUGUGGCCGUUGUCCUCAUGGUCUUGUUGGCGAUGGGAAAAACUGCAAGCCAGGAGUAUCUUGUGUGGAUAGACCAUGCUUUACUGGCGUUCAAUGUCAUGAUACAAUAAAUGGAGCACAGUGCGACUCAUGUCCCAUUGGCUAUGAAGGUGAUGGAAAAACUUGUACAAUAAGAAAUGCAUGCUUAGAUGGACCAUGUCCUUCCGGAGUGGAAUGUGUACAAACCAGUUCAAGACCAUUCUAUCAAUGUGUAUCAUGCCCUCGAGGAUUCUUUGGAAAUGGAAGCAAAUGUCAUGACAUUGAUGAGUGCGAUCUAUACGAGCCAUGUGAUGCCAAUACAAUAUGCGUAAACCUGAGUCCGGGUUUUAGAUGCGAACGUUGUCCUCCAGGUUUCCAUGGCAAUCAUGCUAAUGGUUACUCUGCAACAUAUUAUUCGCCAAGCUAUAAACGACAAAUGUGUCACGAUAUAAAUGAAUGUGAAGUAGGGCUUUCACUAUGUGAUAAGAACUCGGAGUGCAUUAACACAAUCGGCUCGUACCAAUGCAAAUGUAAGGAGGGUUUCAUAGCAAACAGUACGUUUGGAUGUUUCCCAAUAACAGAUAUGUGCCCCGAUGGAACUAUUUGUCACAAAAAUGCCCAGUGCAAAUAUGCUGGAGACUUCGAAUAUGGAUGUAAGUGUAAGGUUGGCUGGGCUGGUGAUGGUUUCAAUUGUGGGAGGGAUAGAGAUCUUGACGGUUGGCCUGAUUUCCAGUUAAGUUGCUUCGAUGCUAAAUGUAAGUCCGACAACUGUCCCAAUAUACCGAAUUCUGGUCAAGAAGAUGCUGAUAAGGAUGGAAUAGGAGAUGCAUGCGAUGAUGACGCAGAUGGCGAUUCGGAAGAAAAUGAUAAAGACAACUGCCCUUUUAAGUACAAUCCUGAUCAAAGGGAUUCAGAUCAUGAUGGUUUGGGUGACGCAUGCGACAAUUGCCCCUAUAUUCCUAAUCGACGUCAAAUCGAUUCUGACGGAGAUGGCAACGGGGAUGAUUGCGAUGAUGAUGUCGAUAAGGAUGGUGUUCUUAAUAAAUAUGACAACUGUCCUACAGUCCUUAAUCCAAAUCAAUCGGACAUCGACAACGAUGGAAUCGGUGACGCAUGUGACAACUGUGCAACAAUUCCGAAUCCCUCGCAGGAAGACAGAGACAGUGACUUAGUGGGAGAUGCAUGUGAUAGUGAUAUCGAUGGAGACGAUGAUGGAAGACAGGACAGUGAGGAUAAUUGUCCUAUGGUUAGUAACCCCGAUCAGUUGGAUACAGACGGAGAUGGCAAAGGAGAUGCCUGCGACGAUGAUAUCGAUGAUGAUGGAAUACCUAAUUAUAAAGACAACUGCCCACUGACCUACAAUCCAGAUCAAUUGGAUCUAGACAAAAACGGAAAAGGUGAUAUCUGCGAGAAAGACGAAGAUCAAGACAAAGUUCCGAACUUCCUUGAUAAUUGCCCGAACAAUUCCAAAAUAUAUUCAACCGACUUUCGGUCAUUCCAGACGGUUAUACUGGACCCAGAAGGCGACUCGCAAAAAGAUCCCAACUGGGAAGUACAUGCAAAUGGCUCAGAGAUUGUUCAAACGCUUAACAGUGAUCCCGGAUUGGCUGUUGGUUAUCCUGCUUUUGGGGGCGUUGAUUUCGAAGGCACAUUUUAUAUUGACACCGAUACUGACGAUGAUUAUGUGGGUUUUGUGUUCAGUUAUCAAAGCAAUCGAAAAUUCUAUGUGGUCAUGUGGAAAAAACUUACUCAAACCUAUUGGCAUUCAACACCAUUUAGAGCAUCUGCUGAGCCAGGUAUUCAAAUUAAAUUAGUCGAUAGUUCUACAGGUCCAGGGUCGAUGUUGAGAAAUAGCCUGUGGCAUACAGGCGAUACACGGGAUCAAGUGAAAUUACUGUGGAAAGAUCCGGCAAAUGAGGGAUGGAAAGAAAAAACUGCAUACCGUUGGGCCCUAAUGCAUCGUCCUGAUAUUGGUCUUAUAAGAUUGAGAAUUUUUGCUGGUGAUGAGUUGGUGACCGAUUCGAAAAAUAUCUACGAUUCAACACUCAAAGGAGGACGUUUAGGGGUAUUUUGUUUCUCUCAAGAGAUGAUCAUUUGGUCUGAUUUGGCAUACAAAUGUAAUUCACGUGUGCCUAUCAAGGUUUAUAAUGAACUAUCGGCAAACUUGAAACAAAGGGUUGAAGUUGAUAGCAGCAUCUAAUUUUCAUGUGAUGGAUCUAGAUGACUACCAGAGAAGAGCAAGAAGUCUCAGUACAAUAAAAACCGAUGUGCCACGUAGUAUUCUACACUUUUUUAUUUAUAAUUUGUUCUUUCCAAAAAAAAGCUAUUAAAGAAACAUAAUUGUAAGAACUUUUUAUGUACAAAAAAUUAGUUUCUUAUAAAAAAUUAUGAUAUUUUCAUAA